GAUUAAAGCGAUUUUGGAAGUAAAUAAACCCAACUUCGCUAACAAGGUGUUACUUGUUUCACGUGCUACUUUAUGUAAAUUUUGCUAAACAAUGUCUACAAGAAAUUUAAUUACUCAAAUUAAACCAAAAAGUUUUUUAAACUACAAUGUUUUGAGUCGUCCUACAAGAAAAGUAUUACUAUGUCGUAGUGAUUUGAAUCAAAGUUUAAGAUGCACGUCCAAUGUAAAGUUUUUAUCAGAUUUCAGUAUAAAGAACAUCCUUCCUCCUCAGGAUGCAUUUGCAGAACGUCAUUUGGGACCAAGAAAAGAGGAAACAGUUGAUAUGAUUAAAACUUUAAAUCUAGAGAGUAUCUCUGAGUUGAUUGACAGAACAAUACCAAAAAAUAUUAGAUUUAAUGGUGAACUCAGUUUGGAAACUCCUAAAACUGAGGCUGAAUGUCUUGCUCAUUUGCGUCAAUAUGGUCGUCAAAACAUGGUAUGGCGUUCCUAUAUUGGUAUGGGAUACUACAACACAAAUGUCCCUACAACAAUACUCAGAAAUAUUCUAGAAAACCCUGGAUGGACAACACAAUACACUCCUUAUCAACCAGAAAUAUCACAGGGGCGUCUAGAAUCCUUGCUUAAUUUUCAAACAAUGAUAAGUGAUUUAACAGGUCUUGAAUUUUCUAAUUCGUCGCUUUUAGACGAGGGUACUGCUGCAGCAGAAGCUUUAGGUCUAGCUUUUAGGCACACUAAAAAGAAGAAGUUUUAUGUUGAUGAAAAUUGCCAUCCACAGACAAUUGCUGUUGUACAAACACGAGCUAGCACGAUUGGUGAUGGAAUGCAAAUAAUUGUUGGUAAUUAUGAAAAUUUUGACUUUUCAAAAGAAGACAUUGCUGGUGUUCUUUUCCAGUACCCUGAUACAAAUGGAAAAAUUAAUUCCUUUGAGGAAUUAGUAAAGAAGGCUCAUGAGGGAAAGGCAUUAGCGUGCUGUGCAACUGACUUGCUUGCAUUGACUAUGUUAAAACCACCUGGAGAGUUUGGUUGUGAUGUUGCACUAGGAAGUAGUCAACGGUUUGGUGUGCCACUUGGGUAUGGUGGUCCUCAUGCUGCAUUUUUUGCAGUAACAGAUAAGUUCAAAAGAAUGUUACCAGGAAGAGUUGUGGGAUUAUCAAAGGAUUCUCAUGGUAAUCCAUGUUAUCGCCUUGCACUACAAACACGAGAGCAACACAUCCGACGUGACAAAGCAACUAGUAAUAUUUGCACAGCUCAAGCUCUUCUUGCCAACAUGUCUGUUAUGUUUGCCAUAUAUCAUGGUCCAAGUGGCUUGGAAAAAAUUGCUAAACGAGUUCAUAAUGCGGCUUUAAUUUUGGCUGAAGGUUUGAAAAAGGCUGGAUACACACUUGCUCCAGGACAAUUUUUUGACACAAUUAAGAUCAUCAAUAUCAGGGACAUACCAAAUAUUCUAAAACGAGCUGAUGAAAAAGAAAUCAAUUUAAGAGUUUUUAAUGAUGGCACAUCUCUUGGGAUAUCUAUGGAUGAAACUAUCAGAGAAAAAGACUUGGACGAUUUACUCUGGAUAUUUAAUGCCAGUGAAAAGUCAGCAGAUAUUGCUAAGGGUAUGAGUGAUCCACCACAACAAAGUAUUCUUAAUUGUAAUCUUAUGCGAUCCUCUUCUUUUAUGAAACACCCAGUUUUUAAUAGCUAUCAGAGUGAAUCAAAAAUUGUCCGAUACAUGAAGCUGCUAGAAAAUAAGGAUUUAUCACUUGUCCAUGCUAUGAUACCUUUAGGUUCCUGCACUAUGAAAUUAAACAGCACAACUGAGAUGAUGGCAAUAACAUGGCCCAAGUUCUCAAACUUGCAUCCUUUUAUUCCAAAGUAUCAAGCAGCUGGCUACUAUCAACUAUUUUCUGACCUAGAAAAAGAUCUUGCUGAAAUUACUGGAUUUGAUGCAACAUCUUUGCAACCAAAUAGUGGUGCACAAGGAGAGUAUGCUGGUCUCAUGGUGAUACGCGCAUAUCUUUUAAAUAAAAAUCAGGCUCACAGAAAUAUAUGCAUUAUUCCUAAGUCUGCUCAUGGAACAAAUCCUGCUAGUGCAGCAAUGGCUGGUUUUAAAAUAGUAGCCGUUGAAUCAGAUAAGAUGGGUGGAAUUGACAUGAUUGAUUUAAAAAGCAAGGUCGAGAAAAAUUCAUCAAAUCUUGGUGCCAUUAUGAUAACAUAUCCUUCAACUUCAGGUGUUUUUGAAGAAGAUAUUGUAGAAAUUUGUGAGAUGGUUCAUAAGCAUGGUGGUCAAGUAUAUCUUGAUGGUGCAAACAUGAAUGCACAGGUUGGUUUGUGUCGUCCUGGCGAUUUCGGAGCAGAUGUGUGUCAUUUAAACUUGCAUAAAACAUUUUGCAUACCUCACGGUGGUGGCGGUCCUGGAAUGGGACCUAUUUGUGUCAAAAAGCACUUGAUUCCAUUCCUUCCUACUCAUCCUAUAGUACCACCUGUAGGCACUGAUUCUGCAAAUGCUAAACCUUUUGGUACAAUGGCAGCUGCACCAUAUGGAUCAGCAGUCAUUUUAACAAUUCCUUGGGCUUAUAUUAAAAUGAUGGGAUCAAAUGGAUUAAAAAAAGCAACACAGUUGGCUAUUUUGAAUGCUAACUACAUGAUGAAAAGACUAGAAGAUCAUUAUGAGUUACGCUUCCAUGGCAAGCAUGGACAUUGUGCUCAUGAGUUCAUUGUUGAUUGCAGAAGAUUUAAGCACAGUGCUGAUAUUGAAGUAAUUGAUAUUGCAAAACGAUUGCAAGAUUAUGGAUUUCAUUCUCCAACAAUGGCAUGGCCUAUUAGUACUGCUCUGAUGAUUGAACCUACAGAGAGUGAAACUAAAGCUGAGCUUGAUAGGUUAUGUGAUGCUUUAAUAUAUAUCAGGCAAGAAAUUCGUGAAAUUGAAGAAGGUCGCAUGGAUCGUUUAAAUAAUCCGCUCAAGAAUGCUCCUCACACACAAUCUGUAUUAACUGAGGAAGUAUGGGAUAAACCUUAUUCACGUAAAACUGCAGCUUUUCCUGCUCCUUGGUCUUUGCGAUCCAAAUUUUGGCCGUCGGUAGGACGAGUUGACGAUGUACACGGUGAUUCUCAUCUCAUUUGUGCAUGUCCACCAGUUGAAUAAAUUUUAAAACACGGUUAUAAGUUAUAAAAUCAAAAUCGUUGUAGGAGUUCUGAAAGUUUACAUAAUCGUGAUGUAGGGAUUUUUAAGCAAAUUUUUUAUUAUAUCGAGGCAAAAGCUGUUAUAUUUUCGUAAUUUUUGUAAAAUGCACUCGUGUAUGUUUUAAUAUGUCUAUUUGUACAUAAUUGCAACUA